CGAGAAGAAACCAAACCCUUCUCUCCUCAGAAGCCCCCCUCGGUCUUUGAAGCCCCCCUUUUAAGAAAGCCUAAUAAUAAUAAUAAUUUUUAAGACAAGAGACAGAAAGGCAAUAAAGGGCUCCCCUCCCCUUCCUCUCCCACGUCGUGUGUCACUGCAAGGGGGUGGAGAGGCCCAGUCAGGUGACUGUCAAUAGGGGGCCGUCCAAAAUGGCGCACGGCUUGCGCGCUCUGAGGAGCGCCAAGGGAAGGGUCGCCUGUGAUUGAGAGCCAGCCGUGGGGCCGAGGAGGGGGAGAGAGCGGAGGUUUUGUUUGAGGGGAGCGGGGGGUAUCUCUUUCUACACCCCUUUUUUUCCGGAGACUUCCUUGACCCCCUUCUUCGCUUGACCUCCAGGAAGAGGGAGGCAGCUCUUCGAUGUGCGCCUUUCUCCAGGGAGGGGUUAUGGUGCCGUCGUUAACAAGCAGCCGCUCCUCUGCCUCGCCAUGGCUCUGAGGGAGCUCAAAGUUUGCCUGCUUGGGGUAAGUCGAGGGGGGGGGGGAGGGAAGGCGGGUAAUGUGUGGCGCUUUGUAGAAGACAGUUUUGAUCCCAACAUCAAUCCAACCAUUGGGGCAUCUUUUAUGACCAAGACAGUUCAGUAUCAGAAUGAAUUGCAUAAAUUCCUAAUAUGGGACACAGCAGGACAAGAACGAUUCCGUGCUCUGGCACCAAUGUACUAUCGAGGGUCCUCAGCGGCUAUCAUAGUGUACGACAUCACAAAAGAGGAGACGUUUUCAACGCUGAAGAACUGGGUGAAAGAACUCCGGCAGCACGGACCUCCCAAUAUUGUUGUAGCCAUUGCUGGAAAUAAAUGUGAUCUUAAUGAUGCACGAGAAGUCAUGGAAAAAGAUGCUAAAGACUAUGCCGAUUCCAUCCAUGCAAUAUUUGUAGAGACCAGUGCGAAAAAUGCAAUAAACAUAAAUGAACUCUUCAUAGAAAUUAGUCGUAGAAUUCCAUCCACGGACACCAACCCUUCAACUAGCGGUAAGGGCUUCAAACUUAGAAGACAGCCUUCAGCGACCAAACGCAGCUGCUGUUGACUAAUAAUAUAGUACAUAAGACUGGCUUUUAUACUGUAUGUUGGCCUUGGAAGUUACCAGUUUAUUUGGGGUAUAUUGUGUCAGUGGAUUGCUGUCCGCCUGGUAUUCACGCACCCUAAAAUGAACCAACUCUGACAUAAAUCCGCACGCUGAGAAGACCGCAGCUGUCCUACUCUUUCCUUGCAUACAGACUUCCUCUGGUACGCAAAGGGAAUCCGUCUUCAGUUUCUGCUUUGGCCUUGUGAAAAAAAGAGAAACUCAACCCAUACAGAUUGUAGAAUUUAUAUUUCAUAAGGGAGUUUUGUAAACAAAAGUUUGCCAAUUUUUUUUUGUAAAGGGCGGGAAGGGAAACAAGCACUUUUGUGGAUUUUGAAGGGAGUGUGUGGCACCUGCGGAUUGAAGUUUUAGCUCUGAUCUUUAGCGGGGUUCUUUUGCCCUCAUCUUCAUUGGUGUAGGCCUUACGGUUUUCGUUCUUGCUUGUCCAGAGUAAGGGGUGAACAGCUGACAAGCAGACAACUGCAAAAACAAACAAACAAACAAAAACCCCGAGUGAAUGGAAUUGAUAAGUGACCAAAUCAGCCCAGCUGGUCCUCACUCUUAAUUGCACUUUUUAAAAUUUACCGAUGGAAUUGUAGAGAGACAAACAUGAUCUUUUUUCAGAAAAAGGAAAAGAAGUGGUGGAAAUGUCGACAAUCCUAUCUGUAUGCUGAAUUCUUUUAGGAAUUAAUUAGUGUCCUCCAUAGAAUUUUUAAAUACAUUUUUCUUCUUUGAAGUGGUAGUAAAAAUCCUAGAUGAAAUUGACCAAACCGGAUUUGAUCGCGAACUGACAGGCUUCAGUGGCUGUCCCAGCAAGAGUGCUGAAUGGGGGGAAAGGGCAUCUCUAACGGCUUACCACGUGAAACUUUUUAUGCCCUUGUUUAUGAGAUCAAUGUGCAAGCGCCAUAGGUUUUUUUUUUAAAACCUACCAGCUUGUCAUCCGUCACCUGUUGGGAAAAGUCCCAAGGUCAGAGUUUCUGUUGACUCUGACCUGUGAACCUGCAGCUUUGCAUCAGUUGGCAUCCAGAAGACACUCCCCUCUCUGUCCAGUAGAGGUUGCUGCUUGUGUACCUUGAGGCUUCCUUACAGAAUCCAUCCCCUCUGCAUGAUGAAAAAAACACAACCAUAGAGCCAAAGCCAAGAAAGGUGGGUGGUGUUGAUCAUUGCCCUUUGCUCUUGGGCCUAUCCUGAAGCGUAGCUUUCGGGGUUUCUUCUUCUUCUUUUUUUUAAGCAUAUCAGCUUUUAGCUUUGUAUUUGGGGUGUUCUCCCAUUUUAUAUUAAACUAUAAAUUAAUCUCAUUCCUAUCAUAGUAUUCCUCAUUAUUUAUUAUUGUUGCAUCCUGCCAGUGGGAAAGUACAUGUGCUUCUCCCCCCUUCUUCCCAGUUAGGAUAUAAGUGCUUACUAAACUUACAGUGUGCAAAACGAGCCUCAAAGUGUCGAUAUUUUAUGUGAACCGAGGGAUGUCUGGGGUGGCCUGUUCCCAAGCCGUCGCUUGGCAUUUUAGCCUCUUAAGUAAGUGUUUUCAACUGAGAAGGAAAUUUCAAAGGAUGCAUAGGAAAUGAAACAGCUUGUGCUUCAAAAUGCGGGGCUGUGUUAUUCAGCUGACGUGCUGCGGUUAACUGGUGUGAGUUCAAAUUGCUCUGAUCAGAAUAAACAGUUCUUAAUAAAA